UUCAAAGAAAAGGAAAAAUAAAAACUCGUUCAUUAACAUUGCCAUUACUGGAACAAUCCAGUGAGCCACAAAAUUUCAGAAUGGGUUCUCAAAGGCUUUCUCUUAAUGAUGAGGAUGAGAAGACGGCGAAGCUCGGCCGGAGAGACCGUCGCCUCCGUUCGAGCGCCGGCGCCGUUCCCGGCAAGGUUUACACCUCGAGAGGCCUCCGAGCGAGGAGGUUUCGGCUGUCGGCUCCGACUGCUAUUGAAUUCUACGACGUUCAGGAUCGCCUUGGAUUGGACCGACCAACUGAAACCAUGGAUUGGCUUCUUGAGAAUGCCAAAUCCGCCAUUGAUGCCCUUUCUCGACCAUUAGAAACAGUGGACAGAGAGCUUAGAAAACAGAUUUUCAUCUCCCCUGUUCCUUCGUCUUCUUCCUCCCAGUUCCAGUCUUACCCACUUGAAAACUUCUCCCAAAAAGGUAACCUCGCUGUUUUCAGUCCGAUGAUUUUGAAUGCCACGCCGGAGGAAUUUUCCGGCAUCCAGCCACCGGUUCCAAGUCAGAGCAAUGUCGAAACUGGUUUUCUUUCCUUUCCGAUCUGGGAAUAGCAGCCGCCAGCCGGCCGGUGA